AUGACUUCAACUUUAGUAUCAAUUCUGGAUUAUGAAGAGGAAGCUCGGAAGAUUGUUCCCAGGAAUGCUCUCAACUACUACCAGAGGGGGGCAACCGAUGAGGUGACAUUGGGCCUUAACCGGAAAAGUUUCAACAAUAUCCGUAUUCUCCCUCGAGUUCUCCAGAGCCACUCCAAAAGGGACAUGACCGUCAAAUUAUUCGGGCAACAGUACUCGAUGCCGAUAGGGAUUUCUCCGACAGCGAUGCAACGGAUGGCUCAUCCGGAUGGAGAAGUUGCUAGUGCCAAAGCUGCAGCAAGCCGGAACACUCUUUUUGCGUUAAGUACUCUUUCUACCAGCUCUCUGGAGGAAGUUUCCGAGGCGACCCCUAAAGUGCCCAAAUGGUUUCAGCUGUACAUUUUCAAAGAUCGAAAAAUAACGGAAAAGCUAGUGCGUCGUGCGGAAAAAGCCGGUUACCAAGCUAUCGCUCUAACUGUGGAUGCUCCAACGUUGGGGUUGCGGAGAGCCAGUCUCAGAGAACAUUUUUCGUUGCCACCUCAUUUGAAGCUCGCUCAUCUCGAAAGUUCAUUCAAUGGUACGAGGAUUACAGAACAGUACAUUAAUGAAGAGCUCCUGGAUCAAAAUCUCUCAUGGAGCGAUGUGAAACGAUUGGUCAAGUUUACCAAAUUACCUGUGAUCGCUAAAGGUAUUCUUACCAAGGCCGACGCCAUGGCUGCAGUCGAGGCCGGUGUUCAUGGGAUUUGGGUCUCAAACCAUGGAGGUCGUCAGUUAGAUUCUGUUCCAUCAACAAUUGAAGCCCUUCCGGAAAUUGCGGCUGCUGUGAGGGACUCUACUAUAGUUAUUUUCGACGGGGGAGUAACGGCAGGAACAGAUGUGUUCAAGGCGCUAGCACUUGGGGCUGAUAUGGUGAUGUUUGGGAAACCAACUCUCUGGGGUCUGGCCGUUGAUGGACAGCAAGGUGUGGAGAAUGUUCUGGACAUCUUACGAAAGGAGUUGGACUUCGUUAUGCUGCUGGCAGGCUGCAAUACCAUAGCGGAUAUAACCAAAGACCGAGUGAAGCAUGAAAAGGAAUUUGAGACACUUUAA